AUGCGAUUCCUGUUGCUACUACUCAGCCUAGAGGCGCUGGUGCCCGCGUCCCGAGCCAGCAUCAUUGCGGGGUACACCGUGGGGCGGCAGCUCCAGUACAUCGGCAAGUUCUGCUUCUCCUGGACGCCCACACUCAACGACGUUGCCGGGCGAAUCACGGGCGAGAUCGAGACGGACGUGGAUGGACUGCAGGUCGCAAUCUAUGACGACGAAGCGCUCUUCUGGAACUACGUCAUGACCGACAGCUCUUGCGACUGCAAUUGCAAGGUCUCUGCCCAACACACCAAGGGCGUCUAUAACGUGACUGCGACUAAUAGUCACCACGUGACCCCGUUCGUCUUCAGCGUAGAUAUCCAUGAGCACCUACGACCGAGAUUUUGGUAUGUGGCGCUUGCGCGGUGCGUACCGGGGGGAGACGAGUACAAACCCGCCUUCGCAGAGAUUACAGAGACCAACUUCCGCAAAUACUACUUCUCCUCAUGGUUCAGGAUCCACAUGACGCAGGGAGAUGGAAGUGAGCUUCCCGUGCAACAGCAAGGACUGCCGACUAUCUACGCCGUUAUGACGGCAGUGGCUGGGGCUGCAGCGGCAGCGCAAAUUGUGGCGGUGCAACGCAUGAGACAAAGCGAGUCAUUCCAUCCAAUCAUGCGCAUCUUGACACUAGUAGUGCUGUUCUUCUUCCUGUGCAACGCGCUGCUCUUCAUUCACUUCACCACAUACGAGUUUAAUGGUCUGGGGGUGCCAUUUUUUAAAUACGCGGCUAAGAUUACCGAGGUCUUUGUCCAUGUCGGCACUUUACUAUUGGCCAUGGUGAUCGCUAAAGGAUGGACUAUCAACAGCGUGGCACUGGACGGCCAGAUCAAGCUUUCUUGUCUUAUACUGGCGACUCUGGUGCUGUAUCUGUCCAUGGCAAUGUGGUAUCUUGUAUGGCUCGACCCAGCGUCGACACUGUACAUCUAUGACUCGUGGCCGGGACUUGGCAUCUGCGUGCUGCAAGUGUGCGUGCUAGGGUGGUUUAUCAACACCAUUUUGGAAACACGCUCCUAUGAGCAAGCGUCGGCAAAGCGAUAUUUCUUCUUGCGAAUGUGUGGCUUGUUCUCCGUGUAUUUUGUAGCGCUACCUAUCAUCGUGCUCGUCGCUUCUUUUUUGUCGCCGUGGGUACGUGAGAAGACAGUGUCCGCCAUGACGACCUCAGUGCACUGCUUCAUCUAUUUGUCUCUCAUCUACACGCUGUGGCCGACUCGAGCUCCACGCUACUUUGAGCGCCUCUACUCCGUGUCGUCACCAUCCGAGAAAGCGUCGUUGCGUGACCAGCAUCUUCCCACAGAAGAACUAUAA